AAUGAAACCCAAGUUUUCAUCACAGCCGUCCAUCACAACCUCCACAUUGUUUUCAUCGCGGCAUGUUAACGACACCGAGGGCAUAACCAUAAUUUCACACCACCUCAUUUGUAUAAUGCCAGGAAAUAGCACACGAUCUUCUCGCUGCCAUCUCCCCUGUAUACAUCCACUAUAAAUAAGCUCAGGAGAUUUUUCCGGCAGCAACUCCGGCGCCGUUGAACACAUUUUCAGCUCUCGUUUCUCUCAUCAUGAUGUCGUUGACCGGAAGCACCUUUCUGUAUAAUCCGGUGAUCGGAGCAUCCAGGAGCUACACACAAAGGCGAAAUUCAUGUCGUUUGGUGGCGGUAUCAGCGAAUUCUAGUAGCUCGAAUGGAAGACCUGGAGAGCGAAACGCUACGGUUCUGAUGGAGACUACUUUGAAGGAAAUGAGAGAUGCUGCUCCGCUGAGUGGUGUGGACUCGAAAACGACUGUCGGCGGUGGUGUUGAAGAUGUGUAUGGGGAGGAUAGUGCUACAGAAGAACAGUCUAUGACUCCUUGGACUGUUUCUGUUGCUAGCGGGUACUCGUUAUUACGAGAUCCUCAUCAUAACAAAGGGCUUGCUUUUAGUGAGAAAGAAAGGGAUUCCCAUUAUCUUCGGGGACUUCUUCCCCCAGUUGUUGUCAAUCAGGACCUUCAGGUCAAGAAAUUGAUGAACUGUAUACGUAAUUAUCAAGUGCCUUUGCAGAAGUACAUGGCCAUGAUGGAUUAUCAGGAACACAACGAAAGGCUGUACUAUAAACUUCUUAUUGAAAAUGUUGAAGAGCUACUCCCAAUCGUCUACACUCCAACUGUUGGCGAGGCAUGUCAGAAAUACGGGAGCAUCUUAGGACGCCCUCAGGGUCUCUUUAUCAGUUUAAAAGAGAAGGGGAAAGUUCUUGAAGUGCUGAAGAAUUGGCCUGAGAAGAAAAUUCAAGUGAUUGUUGUCACUGAUGGGGAGCGAAUCUUAGGACUGGGGGACCUUGGUUGCCAGGGUAUGGGGAUACCUGUAGGAAAACUAUCUUUGUAUACAGCCCUUGGUGGAAUUCGCCCUUCUGCGUGUUUGCCUGUAACCAUUGAUGUGGGGACUAACAAUGAGGACUUGUUAAACGAUGAGUUCUACAUUGGGCUGCGGCAGAGACGGGCAACUGGGCAGGAAUAUGCCGAACUUCUUCAUGAAUUUAUGUCUGCAGUUAAGCAGAACUAUGGGGAAAAAGUCCUUAUCCAGUUUGAAGACUUUGCGAACCACAAUGCCUUCGAUCUUCUAGCAAAGUAUGGAGCUACACAUCUUGUAUUUAAUGAUGAUAUACAGGGAACUGCCUCUGUGGUACUGGCAGGGGUUAUGGCAGCACUUAAGCUAGUAGGUGGAACCUUAGCUGACCAAAAAUUUCUAUUCCUUGGAGCAGGCGAGGCUGGCACUGGUAUCGCAGAGCUCAUAGCACUUGAGAUAUCAAAACAGACGGAAACCCCGGUGGAAGAGACUCGGAAAAAUAUAUUUCUUGUGGACUCAAAGGGUUUGAUUGUUAAGUCUCGCAUGGAAUCACUUCAGAACUUUAAGAAACCAUGGGCCCAUGAGCAUGAACCGAUUAGAGAACUUGUGGAUGCUGUCAAGGCCAUCAAGCCAACUGUCUUGAUUGGAUCAUCAGGAGUGGGAAGAACAUUCACUAAAGAAGUGGUGGAGACUAUGGCAUCCUUAAAUGAGAAACCUGUUAUCUUUGCUCUUUCCAACCCAACUUCACAAUCUGAAUGUACUGCUAAAGAAGCAUACACAUGGAGCAAGGGCCGUGCUAUUUAUGCCAGUGGAAGUCCAUUUGACCCAAUUGUAUACAAUGGAAAAACUUAUGCUCCUGGACAGGCGAACAACGCCUACAUAUUUCCUGGAUUUGGUUUGGGUUUGAUUAUAUCUGGUGCAAUCCGUGUUCAUGAUGACAUGCUUCUAGCAGCCUCGGAAGCUUUAGCAGCAGAGGUUACGCAAGAAAACUUUGACAAGGGACUCAUAUUUCCUCCAUUCACUAAUAUAAGAAAGAUAUCUGCGCACAUUGCUGCUCGGGUGGCAGCCAAAGCAUAUGAACUUGGUUUGGCAACUCGUCUCCCACAACCGCAAGAUCUUGUAGCGUAUGCCGAGAGCUGUAUGUACAGCCCUAAUUAUCGAAAUUAUAGGUGAAUAGCAGAAGAAUCUCAGGUGUAAAUUUAUAGACCUUGAUGUUUUCAAAUUCGUUGUCUUUUGUUUAAGUUGUUCGGUUAUGCUCAGAUCAGGAACAGUUUGGGUGGGGUUACCUACCUUUGAGCAACAGGUUAAGACUUAGCUUUGAAGAAAUGUUGAGGGUUAGUGAAAUUCCCUUAAAGAAAUCCUGAAGGAAAUAUUGUGUGAGAAUAUAUAACAUGCUACUGCACAUGCAAGUUGGAUUUUAAGUAUAUGUAUAGUCUGGAUCCUAAAUACUAUUCCAAGUUGAUGAAAAUUGUGGCUUUGUUGGUG